GGUCCGGUGACAAAUACCUUUCUCUUGUCAACGGUCGGCGAGUUAACGGCGCUUAAAUGCCGAAAGAGAAACCUUAAAAAAAUUGGCGGUCUUUUAUUCGGCGACCUUUGUUCGUGUGGUACGGUACAUUACCGCCGUUUUGAGGCUUCCGUCGGAGCUGUGGAGGUAUUUUAACGGACGGUGGAGCGGCUGACAGCUCAGGAUACACAUCCUAGCACCACGUCUCCUUUUACCGGCAUCUCGCUCUAACAUCAAUUUACCGCUGUGAAUGCUAGCUAACGGGACCGGGCCGGGGUUACAUCGCCGCUAAGUGGAUUUACCGAGAAGAAUUUGGUUGGUCUGGUGAGAACUCGAGGAGAAAGGGAGGUUUGUGCUUUAACCGGCAGCCGGCUGAAAUAGAGGGGCAUGUGACGUGGUAACGUCCGUCAGAGCUCGAGAGGUUAACGGUGGCCUCGAGCGCUCUGUGACGUCUUUUCCUACCAGGUGGACCGUCCGUAGGUAACCGGGACCCCCAUGAUGCAUCAGCAGGGCUCGUUGAUGCCUCCCCUGCUCGGUGGCGUGUUCUGCCAGUGUCGCUCCGCAGAGACCCACCCCGGCGUGGACCCGGGCGGUGGAGGCGGAGGCGGGCAUCCACCAGCCGGGGACCCCUCCUCACCUUCCCCUCCAUUUGAAGCAGCCUCCCCCGGACAGACGGAGCAUCCGUGCGACAUCUGCGGAGGACCGGAGCAGGAGCACCGGCUGAAGGUGCUGUUCCAAGUCCUGGAUGUGAACGGGGAUGGAGGGAUCUGUGUCAACGAUCUGACCAUCGGGCUGAAGAAGUUAGGAGUCCACCGGACGGAGCACGAGCUCAUGAAAAUAGUGAAAGCUGGAGACAAGGACCUGGACGGGCAGCUGGACUUUGAGGAGUUUGUUCACUAUCUCAGAGACCACGAAAAGAAACUACGGCUGGUUUUCAAGAGUCUGGACAAGAAGAAUGAUGGUCGGAUCGACUCACAGGAAAUCAUGCAGUCUCUGAGAGACCUGGGCGUGAACAUCUCUGAGGAGCAGGCAGAUAAAAUCCUCAGGAGCAUGGAUAAAAACGGCACGAUGACGAUCGACUGGAACGAGUGGAGAGAUUAUCACCUCCUGCAUCCAGCAGACAACAUUCCUGAGAUCAUCCUCCACUGGAGACACUCCACGAUUCUAGAUGUUGGAGAGAGUUUGUUGGUGCCUGAUGAGUUCACAGCAGAGGAGAAGAAAACAGGAAUGUGGUGGCGACACCUGGUGGCUGGAGGAGGAGCUGGCGCCGUGUCUCGAACCUGCACGGCUCCUCUGGACAGACUCAAAGUGCUCAUGCAGGUUCAUGCCUCCAAGAGUAACAGCAUGCGGAUCACUGGAGGGUUCAUCCAGAUGAUCAGAGAGGGCGGCGUCAGGUCGCUGUGGCGAGGAAACGGCAUCAACGUCAUCAAAAUCGCUCCAGAAUCUGCGAUUAAGUUCAUGGCUUAUGAACAGAUCAAACGAUUAAUUGGGAGUAACCAGGAGACGCUGGGCAUUGCUGAGCGGUUUGUGUCAGGCUCACUGGCAGGAGCGAUCGCUCAGAGCAGCAUCUACCCCAUGGAGGUCCUGAAGACGCGGUUAGCCCUGAGGAAGACGGGUCAGUUCUCCGGCAUCGUGGAUUGUGCCAAACAUAUCUUUAAGAAGGAAGGAGCGGCAGCUUUCUAUAAAGGCUACGUACCAAACAUGCUGGGCAUCAUCCCAUACGCCGGCAUCGACCUCGCCGUCUACGAGACCCUGAAGAACUCAUGGCUGCAGCGCUUCGCCACAGACAGCGCUGACCCCGGUGUGUUUGUGCUCUUGGCGUGUGGUACGACCUCGAGCACGUGUGGCCAGCUGGCCAGCUACCCGCUGGCCCUGGUCAGGACACGGAUGCAGGCACAAGCGACCCUUGAAAGCGGCCCACAGAUGAGCAUGACGAGUCUGUUCAAACACAUCGUCAGGACCGAGGGGCCGAUGGGACUCUACCGGGGCCUCGCUCCAAACUUCAUGAAGGUGAUUCCCUCCGUUAGCAUCAGCUACGUCGUCUACGAGCACCUGAAGAUCACGCUGGGCGUCCAGUCAAAGUGAGGAAUCAGCGCUCCAAAGGUUCAUGUGUUUGCUAAAGUGAAGGCUCACUUUGUUCAUCGGAGGAACAUGCAGCUGACAUUCAACAUAUUUCAAUCAAAAACUUCAUUUUUAAGGGUAUAGAGGAAAAUGUGAAUAAGACAAAUUUAAAACAUCAUUUGAAAGAGAGGUCUGCCAAUCCUGCAGUGCUUUUCACGCCAUUAGAGUCCUUUCAGGGAGACGGACGUUUACGAUGAAGCAGUUUACUGAUGCAUCAGGAAAUAAAACUGCUAGUUUAGGGCGCUACAGACCAGAUCAGCUGGUCUCUGUGGAGAAGAAUCUUUGUCUCAAAGGGCUUUGCUGAGGCACAUCAUGGAGCAUUUCCACACAGACUGGUGGAAACUUUGCACACUUCAUAAAGCCCCUUUGUUCAUGUUAGCUGCCCUUUCUGUUGAUCUGAUCAGGAUCGAUCGCUUAGAUCCCUGAAACAAAGAGAGACUAAAGGAGAUCAUGCCAUUUGGUAUAAGAUAGAUUCACGUGCAGCUGUAGGCUUUCCACAAUCUUUCCUAGUUCCUCGCUUUAUCAUUGCACAAAGAUUCUGGCAGCAUCCCAGGACUGAAAAAUAGAAAAACAAUCACAACUCAACCAUCAGAAAUGUUAUUGUCUAACAUUUUGCACAGAUGUGUGCAGAUUUACACUCCAGCAUCUGGUAGACCAACUUUUCUGAUAACAUGCAUGUUUCUAGAAGAAAAAAUCCUUUAAGAUGUUAUUCAAGCACUGCAGAUUAUUACAGUUCUUCUUACGCUGUUUAUUUACUGUCUGUGAUACAGUAAGGAGCAUUAAUUAUGUUUUAAAUCAGAGCGUUUAUGUUCAGUGGUGCUUCUAAACGCUUCAUUUGACAUGUGAAGGGUUUUCAAGGGUUUUCAAAAUGCACUUUCAAACAUGCAGAGCAAUCUAAAAUUAGUUCAGACUUUGCAUUUUUAUUACGCUCAUCUCUUGGCAUUUGCAGGACCAUGGGUGGUUCAUUUCCCAAACUCAACUUUCAUUUAUGUUCAGUUUUUAAUCAGAAACAGAAAAUCAAGACAAAGUCAGAAAAACACUCACCUAAAUUUUGUUCCAAAUUUUAUAAAUAUGUGAAAACCUUAAAACAGGAAGAUGCAUUUUUAUUCUGUAUUUGGGUCAAAGAAAAGACAGAAUCACCCUUUUUCACAUAUUGACCUGGUUUCUGUUGUAUUUUCACUUCCAUCAGUGGAACUUUUUGAGUUUUGCCUCCUCUUUAAUCCUGAUUUAUGUUUCUGAGUUGAAUCAUGGCUGUAACAUACUCCUGAGGUCUGCAUGGCCCUGAAACCUGCACAGGGAGCCGGUGUGAACCUCCUCAAAAAUAUUAAUACACGUCAAAACACCACAGGUGUGAGAUAAACGGCUGCAGACAGCGCUAAAACCAGUCGAAUCUACCCAGAAAUAUCAGACGUGCAUUUUCUCUGCCUUGGCCGUAUUUUUCAUCUCUUUUUUAGCAACAAUAACUGCACUAUAAUCAGCUGAUGAUCAAUAUUCAUCAGCUGCAACUCCAGCAGAGUACGCUCGCUUUCAGUCACCAUGGUUUCCACUAACAUGCAGGAAUGUGACAGCAGGACCAGGAACUGGCGUAAGAAUUCCUCUCCUGGACAGCAGUGCAGACGCACCAGUGCUCACAUCUGUGCUCCGGUCUCUUCUGGUCUAGACUCGACUCAGACGCAUAAAUCAGACUUUAACGUGCACAGAAGCUGCAGAGUCUCCUUUGUGUGACCCCAGCGUUGGUCCUCAGUUCAUCAGUUCUUACUUUAAGACCGCUUCUCUUUCGCUGGUUUGGCAUGAUUAGAAAAAAAAACACUGUUGGUCAGAUGUCUGCUGAAUGUUGUCAGCUGAAUAUAUUUUCUAUUCGAUGUUAAAAACACUCGCUAAGGUGGGGAAGGCCAAUCAGAGGCAGCUCCCUCCUCCUCCUCCUCCUUGUGUCAAAUGUCAAACAGUCCCAGAUUCCCCCAGAGUGCCUUCGGUGCUGAGCCCGUGGUGUUAAAAACGCAGCUGAACACUAAGAGUCUGUGGGACGUUGAAUGCACUUUAAGGUACUCCGCUUUAACUCCUUUUUUAUUUAUUGUUGUAUUUAUUUAUUUAUUUAUACUAAAAAAGGAUUAAAGACUGACUUAGAAGAAGAAGUUUAGACGGCUUUUUGAGUUCAUGUUGGCGGUCUCUGUUGGCCUGAGGGUUUGUGUUUGAUGUGUUUUAAAGAGUUAAAAAUGUGGAGCUCCAGCGUGUUCAGUACUAAAUAAACAUAUUUAAAGGAUUCAGGAAUAAAACCUAGAUUAAAUAAAGGGCUGUCAGCUUUACUACAUUAACUACAUUAGGGGUGUUUUGAACGCAUCUACUUUCACUUUAUUCUGCUCUCUCACAUAAAUGCUCUGUCUGGUACAGUAGAUGGUGGAAUACACUCAGAAUAUAUUCUAUAACAGAAUAUAGGCUUCUCUUCGCUCCUGUUUAUUCUAAUUCAAUGUUUGAAUGCAGCUAAAGGCCUUAAAUGUCCAGUAUGUGAAGUUUUCUCCCGUUAAAUCGGAACUUGCUGCUGCCAAACACUCAACCUAAGGAGAAUUUCUACCUGAUUUUAUUUUAUUUUAGUUGGUUUUAUGAGCUCAGAAUACAGUUUUUAAAGCCUUAUUUUUAUUCAGUUUGAGUUAAUUUAAAUGAUUUUUACAUUUUAGUUUUAGUGAUUUAGUUAGCUUUGGUUAACUUUGUUAACUUUGACACAGAUAACGCAGUGAUGGAAAACUAGAGAUGCACGAUAAUUAUUAGUACGGAGAAAUGAACGGCCUGUAUUACAAAUAUCAGACAUAUUUUUAUUAUUCUAACUAGAAGAGCACACACAGAGUGCAGACCUCCACCAUUAGCCCUAUCUCCCAAUAGUCCAGAAUCCUCUAAAAAAUUCCUGGAUCCAGACGGUGAUCCGGAUC